AUGGAUCUGACUAGUUCCAAAAUAAAUGGUGAAGACAUAUGUCUUGCAGAUAGUGGAACAACGCAUAAAAUCCUUCGAGAUCAAAAAUAUUUUUCUCACUUAACUCUGACAAACGCUAGUGUCAGUACCAUAUCAGGUCCCACCGACUUGAUUGAAGGCUCCGGACGAGCCAACAUCAUUUUACCACAUGGAACUAGAUUACAAAUCAAUGAUGCCUUAUAUUCUACAAGAUCUCGGAGAAAUCUGCUGAGUUUUAAAGACUUGCGUCAUAAUGGGUAUCAUAUUGAGACUGCAAAUGAAAGAAAUGUCGAAUAUCUCUACAUUACUUCCAUUACCUCAGGUAAGUUGAUUAUCAGACCAUCCCCUUCAAAAGUCAUUGUUGAGUCUCCUCCAUUUUUACAACGAAUUCAUGGGGAUAUAUGUGGGCCAAUCCAUCCACCAUCUGGACCAUUUCGUUAUUUUAUGGUCUUAAUUGAUGCAUCAACACGAUGGUCACAUGUUUGUCUACUUUCUACUCGUAAUAUUGCAUUUGCUAAACUUCUUACUCAAAUCAUCAAAUUACGGGCACAUUUUCCUGAUUACCCAAUUAAGACAAUCCGUUUUGAUAAUGCCGCUGAAUUUUCUUCUCAAGCUUUUGAUGAUUAUUGCAUGUCAGUUGGAAUUUAUGUUGAAUAUCCUGUUGCACACACUCAUACUCAAAAUAGUAUGGCUGAAUCUUUUAUUAAAAGACUUCAGCUAAUUGGUCGUCCUUUGCUUAUGCGAACAAAAUUACCUGUUUCUGCCUGGGGUCAUGCCAUAUUGCAUGCUGCAUCAUUAGUUCGUAUACGACCAACUGCUUAUCAUAAGUACUCACCAUUACAACUUGUUUUUGGUCAACAACCAAAUAUCUCCCACAUACGAGUUUUUGGUUGUGCUGUAUAUGUUCCAAUUGCACCACCCCAACGCACUAAAAUGGGUCCUCAACGUAGACUUGGAAUUUAUGUUGGUCUUGAUUCUCCAUCUAUUAUUAGAUAUCUUGAACCCCUGACAGGUGAUGUCUUCAAAGCACGAUUUGCUGAUUGUCAUUUUGAUGAGACUGUUUUCCCACCAUUAGGGGGAGAAAAGAAAGUGAUAAAAUCACAUAUACCAGCUGCAAAUGUGCCAGCACGAAUUGCUGUCCCUGAGGGACCUUCUGUCGGUAAUGCAGCAAAUGCAUCUAAAACACGCCUGAAGCGUGGUAAACCAGUUGGUGCAAAAGAUAUUGUUUCUCGUAAGAGGAAAUCACAAAGAAAAGUUGGCACUCCUGAAGAGGCCACAAAAGGAGUAACAGAUAUUAUUGAUCAAUCUGAGAUAAUAGCCUUUGAUAAGACAGAUGCUCUUAAUGAGUCUCAGGUACCUAAAAAUGAUGAAAUAAUAAAUAUUGAUGAGGCAAAAGUAACAGAUGAUGAUGUGGCCCUUGAUGAGGCACAUGCUCUUGAUGAGGCACAUGCUCUUGAUGAGGCAAAGCAAUCUGGACGAAUGUGGUAUAAUCGCCUUAGCGAUUACUUACUCAAAGAAGGGUAUGUGAACAGUCAUAUUUGUCCAUGCAUAUUUAUUAACAAAUCAGAAUCUGGUUUUGUUAUUGUUGCAGUAUAUGUUGAUGAUCUGAAUCUUGUGGGAACAUUGGACGAGAUCGAAAAGACAGCCACAUAUUUAAAGAAAGAAUUUGAAAUAAAAGAUCUUGGAAAGACAAAAUUCUGCCUUGGGCUGCAGGUUGAACAUCUUUCGAACGGUAUUCUCAUCCAUCAAUCAACAUAUACAGAAAAGAUUCUGAAACGUUUUCAUAUGGAUAAAGCAUAUCCAUUGAGCUCCCCAAUGGUUGUCCGAUCACUGGACAUCAAGAAAGAUCAUUUUCGUCCUCAUGAAGAUGAUGAAGAACUCCUUGGCCCUGAAGUGCCCUAUCUCAGUGCGAUUGGUGCUCUUUUGUAUCUUACAAAUUGCACAAGACCUGAUAUAAUUUUUCCAGUCAAUUUAUUAGCACGGUACAGUUCUGCACCAACUCGCAGACACUGGAAUGAAAUCAAACACAUAUUGCGAUAUCUUCGUGGCACAACUGAUAUGGGCUUGUUUUAUUCGAAGGCACCAAAGUCUCCAUUAGUUGGAUAUGCAGAUGCCGGCUAUCUUUCUGACCCACAUAAAGCUUAUUCACUAACAGGGUAUGUAUUUACCUGUGGCGGCACAGCUAUAUCAUGGUGA